AUGGCAACAGCGGCCGCAAUUAGCGACGCCGAGGAAUCGAGUUUGAACAUCCUGGAGAACUCGACGAGGUUUUCGAUAUUCGUGCGGAAGAAGAGGAUCUUCAGGAUGUACUAUUCGAUAUUUCGGUGA